AUCACCCUCCCUCCCGCUUCGUCUCUUUUCCGUCGAUCCGUUGAAAUAUCGCGCGCGACGACGGUCUAGUGGGGCAUGUUAUAAAAAAUAUAUAUAAAAUGACGCAGCGACGACGCAACGCAGCGCAACGUACUAAUGGGGCCUCGCUCUAAGUGGUAUAAAUUCACGAUUAAGUUUACGCGACUGGUCACCCCAUUCAGUUACCUAUUGGGUAACACUAGUUAUCUGUCAAGACUUGGAUUCUAUCAUUUAUAUGACUAGAAACCACGCUAAUUAAAAUAUUUUGUUGCUCCAUUAAAGCAUACUAAUCAAAAUUAAAAGGUAAUAAGUCGUGUUUGGUAGUAUCUACCAUACAUUAUAAUAUUACUAUUGGUGUCAGAACUCUUUCAAGCAAUUUAUGACCAGUACUUGCUACUGAUCGCCGGUUUAAAAUAAUAUGACAACAUCGAAAUAUUUUGAAAAAUGUUUCAUUACUGUUGGCACCACACGAUUUGAUUUACUUUGCAAUGAAAUAGUAUCGUCUCCUGUUCUGCAAGCCUUAAAGAGAUCUGGUUGCAAGAAUAUUACAUUUCAAAUUGGAAAAAGUAAAAUGGACCCAGGCGACUACGAUCUAGAUGGAAUUAAACUGCAUUGUUACAGGUUUAAAGAUUCUAUAGAGAAUGAUAUAAAAAAUUCUGAUUUCGUCAUAAGUCACGCUGGUGCCGGCAGUGUUUUGGAAGUUUUAAAUGCAUGUAAACCACUCUUGGUAGUCGUAAAUGAAGAUCUCAUGGAUAACCAUCAACUAGAAUUAGCAGAACAAAUGCAAGUGGAUGGUCAUUUAUUCUAUUGCACUUGUGAUACCUUAGUUUGUACUUUAGACCAAAUGGAUUUUAGUUUAUUAAAACCAUUGGAAAAAGCUAAUCCAACACACUUCCUUCAAUCAAUGAAUAGACUGUUAAAUAUACAAAAUUAA